AUGGACACUCCUUUAACCGAGCUCCAAAGCAAUGUGAAAAAAGACCCAGACCUUUAUAAAGAAAUCGUCUUACAGCACAUUGAAGAAUACACACAACUAAUCACAAAUUUCCCUGAAAAUCCUUCAGGUCCAAAUGAGCGACUAGGAGAGCUCAUUUACUUUCUCUCACAAAUUUCCCCGUUUUUUGUGGUAGAACUCAAGCAUUUUCCAUCACAAAUUUUAACAAUUCUCGACAACUAUUACGUAGCUUUACACCAGGAAUUCAGAAAAACCUUGUUUUCCUCUCUAAUAAUCCUGCGUAAUCGUGAACAAAUUCCAGCCAUGAGCAUCUUGCCUCUAUGUUUUAAGCUUUUCCGCUGCCAAGACAAAGGUUUACGCCUCCAAGCCUUCAAUUUCCUUAUAUCAGAUAUCAAAAAAAUAAAUAAAUCCUCACAAAAUUACAAGCUAAAUAAGCAGCUUCAGGGAUUUAUUUUUGAUAUGAUAAAAGACUCAAACGUGACAGCUGCCAAAAAAUCGCUGCAUGUCGUGAUGACACUCUAUAAGAAAAGGGUAUGGAAAGACUCAAGGACUGUAAAUGUAAUAGCCAAUGCAUGCUUAUUGAAAGAGCCAAAACUUGUUCAGAUUGGCUGCACAUUUUUAUUCUUUUUUAAAAAAAUGGCAAAAAUUAAUAUUAUUUUUAAAAAUAUUUUAAUUUAUAUAGAAAAAUAUAGCAGCUGACACAGAUUCUUUUGAAACUGAUGACGAAGAAGAUGAAGAAGCUCCUGAAAAAACUAUUAUAGGAGCUAAAAAAUCCAAAGGAAAAAUCAAUAAAAGAGAACGUGAAAUUGCUAAUUAUGAACGCAAAGAACGUCGAAAAGAGCGAAAAAUCGAAAAUAAAGCUCCUGAUUUUUUAACAAUUGACCAAAUUAACAACCCUCAAGGCUUCGUAGAAGAAAUGUUUUUAAAUUUACAAAAAACCUUUUCCAAAGCAAAAUAUGACCUAAAAAUCGUAAUGCUCCAAGUAAUCGCAAGAAUUGUGGGAAGACAUAGACUGAUACUUUUAGAAUUGUACCCUUAUUUACAAAAAAUUUUGUCACCGAAGUCCAGGAGGAUUACACAUAUUUUAAUUGUGUGUGCCGAAGCGACACAUGAGCUGGUGCCUCCUUCAGAUUUGCAGCCUUUGGUGAAGAAGUUGAUUGACAAUUUUAUAGGCGAACAAUGUGCAGAAGAGACCUUAAUUUUAAGGGUUUUACAUAUUUAUAAUAAUUUUUUAUACAAAUUAAUGGAUUUUUAAUAUAAAAAAUUAUUUUAAUUUUAGGGCUAAAUACAUUGAGAGAAAUAUGUAAAAGACAGCCAUUAGUCGUUGAUGCUGAUGUACUGGAAUAUGUAGCUGGGUUUAAGAAUUAUAGAAAUAAAUCUGUUGUGGUGGCUGCUUGCUCUAUUAUUAGUUUAUAUAAAGAAAUCAAGCCUUCUUUAUUGAAAAAGAAAUUAAGAGGAAAUGGGGAAGAUCAGGUAGGAGAGUUUGGAGAAGUCAAAGUUUUUAAAAGAAUUCCUGGAAUAGAGCUAUUAGAAAGUCAAAAUGAUGGAAAAGGACUGAGCACUAAUCAGACGGUUUUUCUGAGGCAGCCAAUUGUGAAAUCAGAUAACUUGGAAAGGCUAGAAAAGGUGCUGGAGAAAAGGAAAGAGAAGGAAGAUCAAAAUGAGGAGAAAAAUAAUCAGGAAGAAGAGGAAGGAAGUGAAGAGGAAGGAAGUGAAGAGGAGGGAAGUGAAGAAGAAGGAAGUGAAGAGGAAGGAAGCGAAGAAGAGGAAAGUGAAGAAGAGGAAAGUGAAGAGGAAGGAAAUGAAGAGGAAAGAAGUGAAGAAGAAAUUGAAGAAGAGGAAAGCCAAGAAGAGGAAAAUGAAGAAGAGGAUAGUGAAGAAGAAGAGGAAGGUGAUGAGGAUUCUAAAAAUGAAAGAGACAGCGAAGAAAUAGAAGAAGAAAAUUCCAACUCUGAGCUUACUGAAAGUGAGAACUCAGGACAAGAAUCCAUGUCAAACGAAGAAGAUAUUAGCCCUCCUGAAGAAAACACCCUUUUGCAAGGAGCUCAAUAUCUUCCACAAUCUAAUCCACAGCUUCCAAUUGAAUGUGACCGUAUUUUGACUCAAAAAGAUUUCAAUCGCAUAAAGCAGCUUCAAAGAGAAGCCGAAGCCAGACGAAAGCAUGAGCAAUUCGUUGACGACUCAGAAUCUGAUAGCAACCCUCACGAUUUCCUUGAAGACAGCGAUCUUGAGACAGGCCAAGUCUCAAAACAAGAAAAGCGCAAAGCUACAAUUGAGGAAAAACUCAAAAGAAAAUAUGAGCGAAAAAAGAAAACUGGAGGAAAAACCCAUAGAGAGCAUAAGAAAAACAAGCCAGCUUUGAUGGUAAUGAAGAAGAAACAGUCAGGAAUUAAAGAACAGCUGCAGCAGGUUAGAAAGAAAAUAAGAAGAAGCAAGCAGCAGCUUGGAAAAAUUCGGUUUAUAUAUAUUUGCAAGGAAAAUGAUUUUUCUGCUAUUUUUAUGGCAAUUUUGGGAUAUUUUUUAAAAAACAAAUUAUUCCUAUGAAAAAAAGUAUUUAUCAGAAAAUUCAGUAAGAGAUUUAGUCAGACAAAGAAAAAAGCAGCUUAA